AUGCUUCUUCGAUACUCGUCGCUACAACGCCUGCUCCGGAUCACUGCGUGGUGCCGUCGCUGGCUGCGGAUCCAUCGUCAGGACCACCUCGCGCAUGGCCAGCCCGGCUUGAACAGCGCCGACGAGAUCGAGGACUCCCGGAUCUCCUGGUUAAAAAUCAUCCAGGCUGAAACAUACAAAGAAGAACUGAGACACCUGAAGAAUGGAAAGCCUCUGCCGACUCGAAGCUCCCUACUGAAGCUAAGUCCUUUUCUGGACAGUGAGGGACUCCUACGCGUCGGCGGGCGCCUUAAACACGCUGCACUGCAGUAUGAUGCCACGCAUCCAACCAUACUACCAAGCAGAUCUAAUUUUACUUGCCUCAUCAUCGACGACUACCACAAGCGGACGCUGCACGGCGGCACCCUGUUGACCUUGUGCUCUCUUCGCCAGGAGUAUUGGGUCCCUCGAGGUCGCGCUCUAGUGAAGAGCCGCAUCAGCCGGUGUCUAAGGUGCACCAGAUGGCGGGCUGCCAUCCCUCAGCCACUGAUGGGGGACCUCCCGGCACCACGAGUUACUCCAGGCCGGCCGUUUCUGCAUACCGGCGUAGACUACGCCGGACCGAUUUGGAUGCGAACAGCAGGGGGCCGCGGACUCAAGGCGACAAAAGGUUUUAUUGUUGUCUUUAUUUGUUUAGCUUCCCGAGCAGUCCACCUCGACGCGGCCUCGGACUACACCGCUGACGCCUUCCUUGCCGCCUUGCGUCGGUUCGUCGCCAGGCGAGGAGUCUGCCACUCGCUAUAUAGCGACUGCGGCACCAACUUCGUGGGUGCCGAUAAGCAGCUUAGGCAACUAUUUUCCGCCGCCAGUGCCGACGGACAUCGCAUCGCAACCUUCGCCGCCCAGGAAAGAAUCCGGUGGCGGUUCAACCCGCCAGCUGCACCUAACUUCGGCGGUUUAUGGGAAGCUGCCGUGAAAGCGAUGAAGCACCACCUUCGGCGAGUCAUCGGUGACGCCACCCUCACCUACGAGGAGAUGACUACUCUCCUAGCCCAAAUUGAGGCCUGCCUCAAUUCCAGACCGCUGCAGCCGUUGUCUGACGAUCCGGAGGAUGUAGCCGCACUCACACCUGGUCACUUCCUGGUCGGCUCCGCUCUCUCGGCGAUCCCCGAACCGUCGCUCGAACGAGAGCCGUCGGCACGUCUCUCACGGUGGCAGCUCCUGCAAAACAUGAAGGACCAUUUCUGGUCUCGGUGGGUCAGCGAAUACUUACACACGCUGGCCCAUCGGCCGAAAUGGUCCCGAAUUAAUCAGGAGGCUCGCGUCGGUCGAAUCUGCCUCGUGCGAAACGAAAUAACACCACCAACACGGUGGCCGCUUGCGCGCAUUACACGACUGCAUCCAGGUUCCGACGGUAACGUUCGCGUAGUCGACGUCCGCACCUCGACCACAAAUUUGACGCGUCCCGUGAACAAGUUAGUCUUUCUGACCGACGGCUCCGAAGACUCACUCGAAUCGCAAUCACGCGUCGUCCGCGUUUAA